UCGUGCGAGGCAUUGUGGGAAGGGCGGCCGGUGCAGUCUCGGCUGCCAUCUUAGCGAUCCUUGGUGGUGCGGCCUUGUCUUUGCAGGCGGCCUUCGUUGCGGCUGUCCACCUCGCUGAGUGAUAGAAAGUCAGCUGGCUGACAGUUUUCCUUACCCCGGCUUCAACAAGACGGCCAACCUCUGUCUGGAGGCGCGGGUGAGAGUUUCCAGGAGCGUGCGGGGCCCGAGGCCAGCGGUUAGCCACAGCGUCGCCCGGAAGGAUGGGCCGGUCUCGGAGCCGGAGCUCGUCCCGCUCCAAACACACCAAGAGCAGCAAACACAACAAGAAGCGGAGCCGGUCUCGAUCGCGGUCCCGAGAUAAGGAGCGCGUGCGGAAGCGCUCCAAAUCCCGGGAAAGUAAACGGAAUCGGCGGCGUGAGUCGCGGUCCCGCUCGCGCUCCACCAACACGGCCGUGUCCCGGCGCGAGCGGGACCGAGAGCGCGCCUCGUCCCCGCCCGACCGCAUCGACAUCUUCGGGCGCACGGUGAGCAAGCGCAGCAGCCUGGACGAGAAGCAGAAGCGAGAAGAGGAGGAGAAGAAAGCAGAAUUCGAGCGGCAGCGAAAGAUCCGGCAGCAGGAAAUUGAAGAAAAACUCAUCGAGGAAGAAACAGCACGAAGAGUGGAAGAAUUGGUAGCAAAAAGGGUAGAGGAAGAAUUAGAGAAAAGGAAGGAUGAAAUCGAGCGAGAAGUUCUUCGAAGGGUGGAGGAAGCCAAACGCAUCAUGGAAAAGCAGUUGCUCGAAGAACUCGAGCGACAGAGACAAGCUGAGCUUGCAGCACAAAAAGCCAGAGAGGAGGAAGAACGUGCAAAACGUGAGGAGCUAGAACGAAUACUGGAAGAGAAUAACCGAAAAAUUGCAGAAGCACAAGCCAAACUGGCUGAAGAACAGUUGAGAAUUGUUGAAGAACAAAGAAAGAUUCAUGAGGAAAGGAUGAAACUAGAACAAGAGCGACAACGUCAACAAAAAGAAGAACAAAAAAUUAUCUUGGGCAAGGGGAAGUCCAGGCCCAAACUGUCCUUCUCAUUAAAAACCCAGGAUUAAAUUGCAAACUGAACUUUUUACAAAGAAAAAUGGAAAAACUUUGUAUUGUAGCUUCAUGUUGAAGUGUUUUUUUGUUGUUUUUGUUUUGCUUUUUGUUUUUGUUUUUGUUUUUUUUGUUUUUGUUUUUUGUUUUUUUUUUUUAAUUUGGAAAAUCUGGAAAGUUAGCUUGUUCUAAUAGGGGCUAUGCUCUGCAAUUCCUUUUCUUUCCCCUUCCUUCCAUUAAGUCAAAUCCUUAUCAGAUCAUUGUUGUCUUCUAAAAGUGAUAUAUUUUUCACCUGUUUGAAUUCUGUGUUAGUGGUCUGGAAAAGAGCAGAUCAUUUUAUAAAGUAUGGAUGGUCUGAUAAGGUUUUUACUGACCCCACAGACUUCGGAGUUAUACUCUGUUUAUUACAUCAUAAUGCUGGUUUUGCUGACUUUUUGUUUUUUUAUAUAUUUAUAAAAAAAGAAAAAGUUGGUAAUUGCAUUGGAAGCUCCCGGGGUGUUGCUGAACCUUUGUGGUAUAUUGUUAAAUCAGUGUCCUCAUGAUACUGUUGCUCUUGAUGUUCCUGAUACAGGUAAGGAAACAGUUGGUCAGCUCUAAUACAAAAUAUAUACAAUUCAGUAUUGUCUCUGUUCAAUUUGUUUUUAUUUCAUUGACAAAAAUCAAACCAGCAUUCCCCAUUGUGUAAAUAAAUGAUUUUGCUGAAUAAAGUAAGUCUUAAAUUCA